AUGGUCAUGGACGAGCUCGAACUAUCAAGACGAACCGGACGAGGGUCACGCGUUGAAACGACGGAAGUUGGUCGACUUUCGACUUCCCCAAAGCCUCGUCAGUCGUUAUUGCACCAAGACUUGACAAGCCCUCUGUUGGAAUCGGCGCGUGAAAGGGAGGUUGAUAAAUUAAAGAAUGUCGAGAGAAAAGCCGGGUACGAUUGA